UCCAAACAAAAUUUAUUUGCCUGGUUUGGAUUUUACAGGAGUGACUCUGGUUGUGGAAUCUAAAGAAUCUAUUGGGGAAAACUCAGAUGUAGAAAGGCCUCUGGCUCCAGAUUGAUUGGCCCAUCAGAAAAAAAAAAUGUGGUAGAUGCAGCUGAUGGAGAACUUCAGGAAAACAGGACCCCACAUCAGCCACAAUUGGAAGAUAUCAAGGAGGAAGCCCUGACGUUUGCAGCAUGUUGCCAGGAAGACAAGCAGAGAUUGCUGAGGCUUAAGCAAGAAACAGUGAUCCACAGCCAUUCUGGUGUCUGAAAGAUGGACAACUAUAACUCUCCAAAGAUGCACCUAUUGCUCUGCAUUCUCCUAAUUCCCUCAAUUGCCUCUGAACACGGGAACUCUGGUGUGAACGUCACUCUUACAAUUCUGAGGAGAACUGUGGAAAAAAGACCACCGGUGAUAUCAGUCCCAGAAAAAGGAGGAAGCCAAGCAACACGGUUCUUGAAAAAAAAUAAGCGACAGGAUGCUUGGGGCAAUGAGGCCUUUCGGGGCACAAGCCUGAAGUGGGUGCCAUUUCAGGGAAAUGUCUCCCAAGGAGCUGUCUCAUUCUGGAACGAUUAUGCCCAGAGGACAGAGUAUAUUUGCGCUACUGAAGUUUGCCGAGUUGGAUUCUACACUACAAAUGAGGGUUUGUCCUGUUUCUAUACUUUUGAUGGGAAACAGCAUCAGAGCACCAAAUUCUGGCUUUUAGUGAAUGAAAAUAUGCUAGAACUGUUGGAAUGGCACAAAGGAUAUGCCGGGAGCAUUCCCUCUAAUGCUAUAGGCACUUGCGCAGGAGAUAGAUUUUACGUGGCUAAAAAUAAAUAUGGCCUUGGAGGGGUUGACCGAGAGAAUGGAGCUUUCUUUAUAGGAAUAGGUGGCGCAGAGUUCUGGUACAAAUCCUACAACAUCCUCACCGUUAAUAAAGACUACGUGUCUCAGAACAUUUACGGUGUCAAAUACUUUACAGAGACUGGAGUGUAUGAAAACAAGACUGUGACCUUAAAAGCCAGCAAAGUCAGAAACUAUGACUGUAAAGUAGUCAAGAAAAAGGCUUCCUUGUCCAAAGAAGUAGAUCACGAACAUCACUGGGAUUUCAGCCGUUCUUUGUCACUUCAUGGGAGUUAUACUCUAACUGCAGGAAUCCUUAAAAUCAUAGGUGGGUGUUGGUCUGUUUCUGCAGAAAGACAAGUUACCCAGUUUGAAGGUUCUUCAGAGACGGAGAGAGAGAUACAUACAGUAGAUGUGGAAUUGGAAGUCCAGCCCAAUCAUGAGUGCAAAGUAGAAAUGGAAGGUAUUCAAAUGAAAUCAGAGAUUCCCUUCACCGCCUCAGUGGUUCGCUACUACAAAAAUGGGAUGCAGCAGAGAAGCACCAUACAAGGAAUCAGCAGAAAUCUGGUUGUGGAAGAAAUCCAUACCGUUAUAAAGCGAUGUCGCCCCAUCCCUGAUGCAGAGCCCUGUGAUGAUUAUGUCUAGUAAAAGAGGGGCCAAGUUUGCCUGCACUAGACAGGAGAAACUAAAUAAAUGCUCAAGUUGAUUUAAUUAUGCAGGGUUGGUCCUUCCUAGGUGUGGGAAUGUCCUGGUUCUGGUCCAAAAAUCCACAUCUUCGAAUGUCUAUAUCUUCCUACAAUAGGAAAACACAGGAUUUUUUAAACUGGAUUUGUUCCCGGGUUUUAGAUGUCUAUUCCUGAUUGAUUGAUUCCUAAAAGGAAGAUGACAGUUGAAUAGAAGGUGAAAACUUUGUUUGUGUGCCAGAAACUUCAUGAAAUGUGUGAAGGGCACGUGUUCUAUGGCCAGGACAAAGCUGUGACUCCCUAGUCAACGUUGUACAUCUUUUCACAAUAACAGCAAUCAGGAACACUUAUGUAUAACCCAGGAACAACAUCUUGUCUGCACAGGUGGCCCUGCAUUUUAUAUAACCCAGGAAUGAACUUAUACAAUGAUUCGCAUGUAUGCAUCUUAAGUUUUUGGUUUUUUUGUAAAAAUGGCAAAAUUUCUGGUGGAAGUCCCACAGCAGCCAUCUUGGGGGUCUCUAAAUCCCACGACAAAGCAGCAAGUGUGGACGACAGAGGUAGAAAUCCCGGGACCAACAGUCUGUAUCUGGACAUCUUCUCAGGUCCCAGAUUUUUGGGGGUUUUUUUGCCCGACUAAAACCCAUGAUUUGGUGCUGUCUGGAAGCACCCUCAAAUAACCCAGUUCAAAGCAGAUAUUGUGGGAUUUUCUACCUUGAUAUUUUGUGUUAUAUGGUUGCGCGGAAGGACCCUCACUUCCAUCAUAGUGUUGUGUUUAUGAAAUAGAACUUUCUAAAUAUUAUGCUUUACUAGACAUUAGUUAGUCCUUCACUAUGAUUUUAUAGAAGAGGCCUGGCAGACGUUGACCAUAGGAUUGUGCUGAAGGAUCUAGAGAUUCCCAAAGAAGUGUUGUCUUGGAUGGAGAGGAAAAAGGUGCCCAAAUAUCAUCUUCAGGAUGGUUUCGGCCACAAGAAAGAUCUGCCUUGUCUGCUAGACUAACUUAACUAAGGAAUGGUGUCUCCUCUUUCAACUACCCGAAGUUUGUGUCUGUUGCUUCAAAUCACCUGUCGACUUAUGUACUCCAUGGAUUUCAUAGACAACGAAUACUCAGAAGUAGUUUUGAGAGUUUCAUCCUCUGAAAUAUAGCCUGUAGCAUCUAAUAUUAAUUGGUGGUAUCCCAUCCAAGUACAAAUCGGAGCUUGCCCUUCUUAGCUUUCAAAUGGGGUAUGGAGACUCUAGAGAAUGUAGGUCUCGCUUGGAGCUUACAGGAUAUUUAAAGUUAAAGUCAGCACAGAAAGUAGUGGUUUGAAAUAUUAAGUUGGCAGAUGUGACCUUGUUUCUUCUUUUCAAAAUAUGUUAACCUUAGACAACAAGGACUCAUUUGCCUUGUAGCAGAGUACCAGCUUUCCUCAUGUGUCAAUAGAGAAAUCUGUACAAACAUUAUUGGUUGAAUACAUUGAAAGAUAAGAAGAUAUCAGCUCACUUAUUUAACCAGAGUAAACAAAGCUUUUUGUCUACCUGGCCAUUGGAGGGAGCUGUAACUCCAUAUAAAAAUCAUCUCUUUCUGAAUUGGCUUUCCUCAGCUAAGCACAGGCGAGGCAGAUACUGCAUUUUAUCCCAAGGCCAGCAGAUCGAAUCGUAAAGGCGGCAAAAAUCAGAUGCUUUUAUGUAACAGAGUGACAUGGAGAGUUGCGUCAUUCUCCAUGUCUCCUUGCUGUUUUUUUCUUUCCUGCUGUUUUACUGAGAUGAAAAGGAAGCAAUGUCUGGUCUAAUAAAGUUCUGUAUAAAUUUUGGAA